AUAUUAGAUUAUGUAAUAUUUACGAUUUAAUAUUAUUAUGUCUAUUGGCAGUACUUACUACAUCGUCAUAAUUGCAUUGUCAUUACUCAUUCACUAUCCAACGUAUUAUUUAAUUUCGUUUGUUUUUUGUGGUUACUUCACUUCCCGUUCAGGUAUAAAAAUUUAUAACUCCAAGAAUCUAUACCUAAACAUGAACCAUCCAGAAGAAUCUCCCAAUAACCAGCUGUCUAAUCCAACAGUUCGUCCAGUCAAUCCAUUUGAUCCACGUUGGGAUGCUCAAUUAUUGCAUAGGGCUAUGGAUUGGACACAUGAGUACACUAUUCAGAUAAUAGAAGUCUUGGCCAAUAGAGUUUAUUCUCAAAGACAGGAAAUUGCCAUUCAAUUCAAGAGUAUGUUUGGGAAAGAUUUAAUAUCCGAAUUGAUAAUGCAACUCGAUGGAUAUUAUAAUAUGAGAAAAAUAAUUUUAGGACUCAUGACACCUACUUGUGAAUUUCUUGCUAAAGAAGUUCAUGAUGCUCUAACUAGUCCCAUUGAUGAAAAAAUAAUAAUUGAAAUCAUAUGCACUGCUUCUAAUGCUGAGUUCAAUAACAUAAAAAUGGCAUACAAUAAUUUAUUUGGAAAUGAUUUAGAAAAAGAGCUUAUGGAAAAAAAAUCAGGAAGUUUCCGAAGAUUAUUGGUGUCACUAUUUCAGGGACGACGCAAUGAAAAUACAUUUGUUGAUGUUGCAUCUACACAAGCUGAUGCACAAAACUUGUUACAAGCUUAUGAACUACAAUCUGGAACAGAUGACUCUACAUUCAACAUGAUCUUGUGUAGUCGUAGUUUCUGUCAAUUACAACAAGUAUUUUUAGAAUAUCGUCGUCUAACUGGAAAAGAUUUUGAAGAUGUUAUCAACAGUGAAGAAUUUGUGAAUAUUAGAUUAGUUGUACAAACCGUAAGAGACAAAAUUGCAUACUUCGCCAACCAAUUGAUGUUUGCUAGCAGGCCUUGUUUUGGCUAUGAUGAAAGACCGUUGCUUCGUAUAAUUGCAACUCGUUGGGAAAUGGAUAUGGUUGAAAUUAAAAAUGCUUACAUGUCGAUGUAUGGGAUAUCUUUGGCGGAUGAUAUUGGGGACGACUUUACAUUAUGUGAAUACAAAAGAAGUCUCAAGGUACUAGUUAGAGACAGAAAAUAAUAAUAUUCAUACAAUCUUAUUA